UCCGAGAUCCAAUAAGCAACUGUAGCAUCAACUGCUCCUCAGUGUGCAGGUGUAGCCUUGUGAUGGACAGGUGACCUGUCCAAACAAAGAGUUUUCCAUUGUUUUCCAAAACACAAAUACACAUACUAAAAAAUAAUCUUUUUCUUCCAAAGACACCCAGUCUGUUAUUUACAAAAAUCCUAAUAAUUUACCUGAAAAAUAAAAAUACAAACAACAUCAGGUGAGUCACAUGACCUGGUGGGUCGGUCACUACUUCCUGGAAAUCAAAAGAAACUAAAGAUGACGCCGCGUGAGCUUUGUGUACAUGCAUGCGUGAGGAUUAAGAGUCGACAACCCGGUGUGCACCCAGGGAUACCUGCAGAGGAACAGGGAGAAAAGUAAGUUAAAGCAAAUGAAUGGCAUGACUGCGUGUCUGCAUGUGCACGUCCAUGCGCACGUGUGUGUGUGUGAGUCCGAGUGCAGCCACCAGCUGAUGGUGUUACACAGAGGUGUUUGGGUUUCUGGAGGAAAGCUGCAGCAUCAACAGCCACUGUCUGCUGGGAGGAUGAAGAGCAGAGCGAUGAAGAACUCAGGGGCUGCUCUGACCUCUGACCUCUGACCGUGAACCCUCUGAAGGCCGCAGCAGCACAGUGACCUGCAUUCAAACCCACUCAGCUGAUUGAAACAAAAACAUGAAAUCAAAUGUUUUAAACGUGUUUUAGGUUUUUUGAGACAUCCGACCUUUAGAGGAGAUGUUUUAUUGAGGUUAUUUUUUGUAAAGUUUGAGUUUGAACUCUCAGAUCACAUGUGCAGCAUUUCUACAGCGCUGCUUCUGUUCGCUUAGAUAACAGGAAGUGACACAUGACAGGCUGUGGUGAGCGUGAGGCUCCGCCCCCAGUGACAUAAGUGUCAGUCACAGAAGGGUAGAUGAGGAGCAGCUCUUCCUGUCGUGCAGCAGCAGCAGGAGCAGCAGCAGAAGGAGGAGCAGCAGGAGGAGCACAGGAGGAGCAGGAGGAGCAGCAGCAGAAGGAGGAGGAGCAGGAGGAGGAGGAGGAGCAGGAGGAGGAGGAGCAGGAGGAGCAGGAGGAGCAGGAUGGCCACGUUUGUCUCGGUUCCCCGUGUUCUUCUGUGUUCCAGCUCGCCACAUGUCACCACUGUCCCAUCACGCCGACCCGCCGUGGCCUCGUUUACAGAGACUCUCUGUCGGGUCUGUGCAGGAACCUGAGAACGUCUCCCUGGACCCAGAACCCCCGAGCCGUUCGGCUGCACGACCUCCCCAGCAAACCCCCCCACAGACUCCCACAAUCCUCGGCUCUGUCUCACCCAAAGCGGACCAGCAGCUUGAAGCAGCUGGUUCUGACCCACUUAAGGAGGCUACUCACACUAAGCCCCGCCCACCGGGUGGCAGGCUGAUCCCAGACCCCCAGGGCGACUGAACACCAGAGGGCACCACAGGCUGGCAGAUGAGGGCGGAUGUUCUGACCGGUUCUGACCCGCUCCAGAGAUGGACCUCACCAAGGCUCAGGGGGAGGAGCUGAGCUGGAGAAGAGUUUUGAUCUUUGAGUUGAUGUUUUUUCUCCUGCAGCUGCUCCAGAAACUGCUUUUCCUCUAACGAUUAAUCACCUUUCAGCUCCAACAUCUGGACUCUGUCUACACAGGUUCUAUUUACCGAAUCAAACUGCAGUUUCUCUGGAGCUGCAGCCGAACAACAACAGGGUCUUAAGAGAUUAAAACUUUCAUAUUUUCCUGAUCCUGAUUAUUGCUGCUGGUGAGAACAAAGUUCAAGAGAUGAAAGAAUAAAGAAAAAAGAUCCAACUAAAAAACGUUAUUAGAAAAAACAGUCAUUUAUAUUUAUUUUUGCUUUAUGGUAAAUAAAUAUUUCAAACAUUUGGUUUAAAAAAUAUUGUUUUUCAUCAGAUUUUUUUUAGUUGCAGAAAAAGAAUCAUAUCUUGAUAAUGGAGAAGCUUUGACGGAUUAAAACUACAAACAGCUGAUAAAUGACGGUUACAACUGUAAAUACAGGAGAUGAAAAACUGACAGGUGUCAGUCAGAAAAGCUGUCAACCCUUAAAAACCAGACACCUAAACUCUUUGGACUCCUGGAACUCUUGUAUGCGGUUAAUGUAAAAUCAGCUGAUUCAGAUGUAAAAUCAGCUGAUUUACGCUGAUUGCGUAAGAAUCCGCUGGAAAAGACUGACUGCAGUUCAGAGAAGGUGAACUGCGGAGGUACAGAGCUGCUGAAGGUGAAAGCAGAGCUAAUGUAAAACGCUGGAAUCUCAGUAGUGGGCGGAGCUUCGCCUCCACCUGAGUUUCGUGUCUCUGCUUUGGAUUUGGAUUCAUUUCUGAUCAUCUUCUGGAAUGAAAACCUUCAGCAGAAACUCCUCAGAAUGGAUUCAGCAUGGAGGUGGAAGGCUGGUGAUGUGGGCUUGUGUUCCCACUGAAACCCGGACCACGCUGGGUCAUCAAGAGGCAAAGAUCCGGUUCUGUGAGGAACAGCAGACGGGCUCGGGUGUCUUUGUGGAGCAGAACAAUGUUCAGGUGGAGGAGAGUGUGACGGUUUGAAACCACACAGAGGAAAACGUUGGUCAGGAUGUUUUGCUCUUUAUUUGUGAAAGUUUUACACAAAUGUAAAGAUAAUCAGGUCAAAAAGAUAUGAAGUCAAUAAAGCGUAGAAAUCC